AAAAAAGUUAAAAGAGAAAUUAGAUAUUUUAAACAAGUUAUCCUGGGUCAGUAUGUAUAUUACCAAUUCUAUGCUAGAAUGCAUCUAUAUUAUGCAAAAUUAAAUCUAACAAAUCUUUGAGUAGAAAUAGUUGAAGAAGGAAGCAUUUGACUAACAUAGUUAUGGUACAGAUAAACCAAUUAUUUCUGAGUUUAACCUCACCUAAUUACUAUCUAGAAGAAAAUGUGGUAAUCAUUAUAUUUUUCAAGGGCAGAACCUAUGAAUUAUGUGAGAUCCACUUUGGACAAACAUAGGUUGGUGGAAAUUGACUUGUUGGAGACCCAGUACACUUUAGACUGUAUGUAUCUAUUCUCUCCAUGCAGGUCCCUUGCAUUAGGCCAGCAAUAUACAUCCCUGGGCUCCCAACCAAUUCUCUGUGGUUCCAUUCCUGGCUUAGUGCCUAAGCAGCUUCGCUUCUGCCGAAACUACAUUGAGAUCAUGCCUAGUGUGGCUGAAGGUGUGAAGUUGGGAAUUCAAGAGUGCCAACAUCAGUUCCGGGGGAGACGUUGGAAUUGCACAACCAUUGAUGACAGCUUGGCUAUUUUUGGGCCUGUUCUAGAUAAAGCCACCCGAGAAUCAGCUUUUGUGCAUGCCAUUGCCUCUGCUGGUGUGGCAUUUGCUGUCACACGCUCAUGUGCUGAAGGUACUUCCACCAUUUGUGGCUGUGACUCACACCAUAAGGGACCACCUGGUGAAGGAUGGAAAUGGGGAGGCUGCAGUGAAGAUGCUGACUUUGGGGUACUUGUCUCACGAGAGUUUGCAGAUGCCCGAGAAAACCGUCCAGAUGCUCGCUCUGCCAUGAACAGGCACAAUAAUGAAGCUGGAAGAACAACUAUCUUGGAUCACAUGCAUUUAAAAUGCAAAUGCCAUGGCUUGUCUGGCAGCUGUGAGGUUAAAACAUGCUGGUGGGCCCAGCCAGACUUCCGGGCGAUUGGUGACUACUUGAAGGACAAGUAUGACAGUGCUUCAGAGAUGGUGGUAGAGAAGCAUCGGGAAUCCCGUGGUUGGGUGGAGACACUGCGUGCCAAGUAUGCCCUCUUUAAGCCACCAACAGAGCGUGACUUGGUCUAUUAUGAGAAUUCACCCAAUUUCUGUGAACCCAACCCUGAGACUGGGUCAUUUGGUACAAGGGACAGGAUGUGCAAUGUGACCUCACAUGGGAUUGAUGGGUGUGAUUUACUCUGCUGUGGCCGUGGCCAUAACACUAGGACAGAGAAAAGGAAAGAGAAAUGCCAUUGCAUCUUCCACUGGUGCUGUUAUGUCAGCUGCCAGGAAUGCAUUCGUGUUUAUGAUGUUCAUACCUGCAAAUAA